UUGUCAGCGUGACGGCGGCAAGACACGUCUGAAUUGUUGUUGGUUCUGGAGAAAGAGGUAGAGGAGUGGGUGGGCCAGCGGUUCGGCUCUCGAACAGAUGGGAAAGAAUCUCAACAAGUUGUUCGAUCUGCACUUGGUGUACAAGACAGUGGAAAUGUCGGACGAGACGGUUGCAUUGUUACGCGCGGAACAGGCUCCAGGAAGCCGAAGGGGUAGCUAUGAGGAACCCACGGAACCACGGCGACGAAAGUCCCAAAACGCUUCCAAAGUAGACGUUGGUAAAGAUGAGACGCAGUCGCCCAAUAAGACGUAUGUGACCAUUAUAUUCUCGGAGAGGGUGAAGCGGUCGACGGUGGAGGAUAUUGAGAAGAUCGUCCAAGAGUUCAAUAUGUUCACCACCUUGGAGAUUUUAAGCAAAACCGAGAAGUACCUUUAUGUUUCGGCCACCAACGAUACUCUACUGAAACUAGCCGAUGAAAAUGAAAUCAUGAAAAAAACUGUAACCGGCAGCAUGCAAAAGUUCAACUACUACAGUAAGACUGACUAUCUCGUUGGAGAUAUGACUGAAGAUGAUAUUCUAACGAAUGCCGAACGUUCUGUUUUAAUCAAGGACGCAAUCAAACCGUCCCUCAUGCCUUACAUGCGCAAUGGUGCAAUUGAGCACUUCUUCGCGGUUCACGAUUUGGAGUAUUUAAAUAAAUUUCAAGUUCGCCUUGGACGUAAAUUCCCUAUCGAAGAUAUUAGGAACUACUUCGGUUCUAGCAUUGGAAUAUACUUCGCGUUUAUACAAUUCUACACAACAGCACUGAUUUUUCCGGCAUUAUUUGGGAUUCUGCAAUAUGUAUUGGGAUUUAAUUUAACAACUGUUUGUGGAUUUUAUAUGCUGUGGACCACUAUAUUUCUAGAAUUGUGGAAACGCAAAUGCUCAGGACUGGCUUAUAGAUGGGGAACUAUAGAGAUGACCAGCUUAGAUAAACCUAGAACGGCUUAUCACGGCGAAUUGAAGCCAGACCCUGUAACAGGCAAACUUACCCUGCAGUACCCAAUGCGAUACACAUAUAUGCAAAUGUACUGUGUAUCUUAUCCUGUUGUGGCGCUAUGUGUGGUAGCAGCAAUGUACUUUGCCCUUUACCAAUUCCAAAUCGAAGCUGAAGUGUUGCAGGAUUUCGGCAGUGAAUCUCUCCUGUUGUAUGUCCCUGGUAUUGUCCAAUCUAUACUUAUUGCGAUAUUUUCAUGGGCUUAUGAGAAGUUGGCGACAUUUUUAACGGAUAACGAAAAUCAUAGGACACGCAGCCAAUAUGAGAGACAUCGAGUAAACAAACUUAUGAUUUUUGAAAUUGUUAACAAUUUCUUUUCUCUGUUCUACAUUGCUUUCAUUUUGCAAGAUUUGGGCCAACUUAAGUAUCAGUUGAUGACGCAGUUGGUGAUUUUCCAAAUUGUCCAAAUCAUUCAGGAAGUCGGUUUUCCCCUGAUAGCAGUUGCUAAGCAAAAAUAUACUCAACAUGUCAAAGAAAUCCCUGAAAGCAAACAGGCUUUGAUUGCGGAUAUUGAGCGUUACAAUCAGGCUUGCUAUGAAAGUGGACUGGAUGAAUAUAAUAGCACAUAUGAGGACUAUUUACAAAUCUGUACGCAGUUUGGGUAUGUUGUGCUUUUUGCGGCAGUUGCUCCUUUUGCAGCUGCUUGCGCUUUGGUGAACAAUUUCUUCGGGAUGUCUAUUGAUCUGUUCAAGAUUACUAAUUUCUAUAAGCGCCCUUUUGCACGACGAGCUAAAAACAUUGGUGCUUGGCAAUCAGCUUUGGAGUUGUUAUCCGUCCUUGCGAUUUUGAGCAAUUGUGGCCUUGUGUAUUUACAGCCUAGUAUCAGGGACUACGUAUCGAAUCUCUUUCCAACAACCUCUACAUUCACAUUCGUGAUUUUUGAACAUUUACUGUUGGGUAUAAAGUUUGCUUUGCAUAAAGCAAUCCAUGAUAAACCCCGAUGGGUUCGAAUCGCAAUGGCCAAAGAAGACUAUGAAUCUAGUCAAGCUCUUAAGCAUCUUCGAAGCGUUGUGUCGGGAAAGUUGCUCAAACGAGAGAAGUCGAUUUGAGCAGGCAAAAGGGAGUUUCCUUUGCAAAUGAUUAAAUUAUGGUAUUGGUGCUAAAAGUGGCUUCAUAAUUUACUAAGAAAAUACAAAUCCUAGUCAUGUUAAGUUUCUCAGAAUUCUCCAAAGUGGAUAAUAUCAGUAUAAAUCUUAUAUACACGUUUUGUUUAACAAAUACUGAAGUGGUUUUAUUGAAACCCUAUUAGUUGUAAGGUCAGUUGUUUUUCUAGCUGAAAAGAAACUAAAAUAAAGUUCGUUUGAUUGAA